AAAUCACAUCCAACCCAAUCCGCUCUCUGAUCUUAACAAAAAUUAGAAACUCUACCAUUUACGCUCAGUGGCCGUCCUCUUCGUUAUUCUCUUGAUUAGCGCUUCAAUUCUCUUGCGUUCUCUGAAUUCGUUUUGGGCGUUCUCUGGGUUUGAUUCGGUUUUCGGCCGGCUUCCAUCUUUGGCUUCAACGGCUGUCGGAAACCCUAAUUUUCCAACGGUCAGAGAUUAAAACCCACUAUUCAAUUUCCGUUCUUUUUGCGUAUUCUUAUAUAAUUUACUUUUGGGUUUAUUGAAUUGAACCUAACGAUUUGUUUGCAGGCUUUGAUUUUGUGCACCCGUUAAUCUACUUGCUGGGUUUUUCAUAUUCUCUCUGGUUCUUUUUUGUUUGGGUUUUGCAUACUGAGUGAUCCAUUUGCAGGAGUUCUUAUUUUUUGCUUAUUGUUUUGUUGGAUAUUUGCAGGAUUUUUUUAUCUUUAGUCUCUCUCUCUCUGUCUGCUUUAUUGUUAUUGUUUUUAUUUUUCACAUAUAUAUAUAGUCUUGUGGCAUCUUAACAUAACAAUGAGGUCUUCAUAUACCUUGGGGUCACAGUCUAGGUGCCCUCUUGAAGAACGGCUUCUUCAGAAAAAGAAUUCUCGGGAAAAUUUGGACAGGUUCAUACCAAAUAGGUCUGCAAUGGAUUUUGAUUUUGCGCAUUACAUGCUUACUCAAGGUAGGAAAGGUAAGGAAAACCCAUCUAGAUAUGGAAGAGACUAUAGGAAGCAGUUGGCAAAGGCUAUGAACUUGAAUCGCACUAGAAUCCUCGCUUUCAAGAACAAGCCUUCUCCCCCCGUAGAGCUCUUCCCUAGCAACUUCUCUUCUUUCCCACAGGAUAAACCGGCAAACUCUAAGCCACAGAGACAUAUUCCUCUAACUCCACAGACAACACUGGAUGCUCCUCACCUUAUUGAUGAUUAUUACCUGAAUUUGUUGGAUUGGGGAAGCUCCAAUGUUAUCGCAAUAGCUCUUGCAAACACAGUUUAUUUGUGGGAUGCUACUGAUCAUUCUAAUUCGGAAGCGGCCACAUUUGAUGUUGAAAUGGGACCUGUUACCAGUGUCAGUUGGGCUGUUGAUGGACGCCACAUUGCUGUUGGACUGGAUAAUUCCGAAGUACAGCUAUGGGAUUCAACUACUAAGCAGUAUCUGAGAACCUUGAGAGGUUGUCACAGAUCACGGGUAGGCUCACUAGCAUGGAACAAUCACAUUCUUACUACUGGAGGAAUGGAUGGCCGCAUUGUGAACAAUGAUGUAAGAAUUAGAUCGCACAUUGUUGAGACAUACAGAGGACAUGAACGAGAGGUUUGUGGGCUUAAGUGGUCGGCCUCAGGCCAGCAAUUAGCAAGUGGAGGGAAUGAUAACCUGCUCCAUAUAUGGGACAACAGAUCUGUGGCCCCAACACAGUGGCUUCACAGGCUUGAAGACCAUACAGCUGCUGUAAAAGCCCUUGCUUGGUGUCCUUUCCAGAGAAAUUUGCUAGCUUCUGGUGGAGGUGGGAAUGAUCGGUGCAUAAAGUUCUGGAACACUCACACAGGUGCUUGCCUGAACUCGGUUGACACUGGCUCUCAGGUCUGUGCUUUGUUGUGGAAUAUGAAUGAACGAGAACUGCUUAGCUCACAUGGGUUUACUCAGAAUCAGCUUACUCUUUGGAAAUACCCAUCAAUGGUUAGAAUUGCAGAACUCACGGGUCAUACGUCUAGAGUCCUUUAUAUGGCCCAGAGCCCGAAUGGUUGCACAGUAGCAUCAGCAGGUGGUGAAAGACUGAACUUCUGGAAUGUUUUUGGGGACCCUGAGGAGGUUAAACCAGCUCCCAAAGAGCCUUUUUCCCAUGUGAAUCGUAUCCGCUGAACAAGAACAUGAGAAAUUACAUCAGAUGGAGAUUUUAUGGACCAAAAACUACAAUCAGGUAUGGGACGCAGAACUGGAGCUUUGAUCAGUACUAUUCUUUCUAGUGCAAGUUGAGAUGAAAUGAAAAGCUUCAGCGAAAGUCUGUCUGAAACAGUUGCAGUGCUUACACGAGCAGCGAUCUUAGGCCAUAUUAUUUCUCAAUUCCCCUAUAUGAAGAGUGAUGGGAAAUAGGAAAACUUUCUCAGUUCCACUGUAUAAAGAGUGAUGGGAAAUAGGAAAUCUUUUUAUUAUUAAGGUAGUAAUGGAUUUCAAGAAAUCCUUGAAAUCAUAGACAUCAAUAAAGCUAGAACUUAUCUCUUUUCCCAGCAAAAAAGAAUUCCAAUUUUGGAAUCACACCCUUUUGCCCCCCGUAUAUUGCUUGUGGUUGUAUCGUUGAUCACUCCGAUUAGGCCGACCCCAGUAUGCCACAUGCCUUGUUUCUCUCUUCGAUGUACCACCAAGACCCAAGGGGGAACUAUGCUUGUGAAGAUUCAAGUAAUGUGGAGCUGUUGGUGCUGCAAGCAGCUUAAUUAGUACCAGCAUUUGCCCAGUACUAGCAUGCUGUAUUAAACUAGCUCACAAGCAGCAAUGAGUUAAUGUUCUUCCUUAACAUUUCCUGCUUUUUUUUUGUGGGUAGCGUGUUCCCUGAACUUUCAAUCUCUCUCCAUAAGGUUUCUCAUCAACAGUAUUUGCUAGUGGGCUUGUGUGGGCUCUUCCAAGCUUGAAUACAAUUAUCAUGUUCGUAA